CCCUCUCCCUUUCCCCUUCUCUCCCUCUUCCCCCUUCUUUCUCCCUCUCCUCUUCUCUCACACACUCUUAAUCUGUCUCCCUCUCAUUCUGCCUUUCUGUUUCUCUUUGCCACUUACUCUCACACUUUCCUUCUUUAUGUCUCGCCCCUUUUCCCGUGCCCCCUCCCCAUCUCUCUGACUUCUGAAGAUCUCCCCCUCAAUCCACAGGGAAUUCUACAUUUUUCUCUCUCUGUGACACUGUAAAUGACAUUCUCCCUGAGAGAAAACUGCCUCAACAAUCUCUUUCUCUCACCCUCUCUCAUCUCUCUAAUUCCCCUUCUCACGCACGCUCUCCCUCUCUCAGAGUCUCAUUUGAUGGCUAUCUCUGUCUCUCUUUUCAUAUUCUCUCUCUCUCUCUCUCUCUCUCUCUCUCUCUCUCUCUCUCUCUCUGUCUAAGCCCUUCUCCGACCCCCUCCCCCUCUCUCCCUGACUUGUGAGAGGAACUCUCUCUCAGUCCACAGGGAUCCUCCAGUUCUGAGACACUGUAAACGACAUUCUCUCUAAGAGAAAACCGUCUGGGCAAUCUCAAUCUUUCCCCCACGCACACUCUUUUGGUUUCUUGUCUGUCACCCUUUCUCUCUCUCUCUCUCUCUCUCUCUCUGCCUUUCCUUGUCUCUUUCCCUCUCCCUGUCACAUCGUCUUUCUUCCUCUCUCACUCUGUCUUUCCCCUUCUCCCUCGCACCCCCCCCCCCCCGCCUUUGACUCUUGUGAGGAAUCCACAGGGGAUUAUCCAUUUCUCUGUCAGACUCACUGUAAAUCCCCCUCCCUCUACCAGAAACUGUUUUGACGGUCUCACUCUCUUUCACCCCCCUCUGCUCUGUCACACACUCUCUUCCUCUCUCUCUCUCUCUCUCCCUCUCUCACUUUCUCUCUGUCUCCCAUUCUCUCUCUUUGUCUCUGUCGGUCUGUCUCUCUCUCUCUCUCUCUCUCUCUCUCUCUCUCUCUCUCUCUCUCUCUCUCUCCCCCUCUCCCUCCCUCUUCCCGAGUGUGGGGUGACUGUACCCUUGUGCUGGGAAGUCCGUGGGAGCAGAGCAGAAUCCCGAGACCCGCCCUCUUCCGAUGUCAGUCUCUAGAGGGUGGGAUUGAGUUUCCAAACCUGCACACUCACACAGCAGCUCCCACACAAACUCCGAAUCAGUCACCUCUGCAGCCACCGCGAGGGGAGAGAGGGAAGGGGUGCGGCUGUGAGCAAGGCUGCACCAAAUGCGCCACGCUGCGCUGUGACCGGCUGGCCUCUCCGCAUCCCCAGCUACAUCCGAGCCUGGGAUUCCAGGUCGCCGGUGCUGCCCCACCAUGUGCCGUCACUGGGAAUGGUUGUUCUGCGCAGCAGUCCUGGCGGAGGUGCGGGCCGGCGAGGGGUCGCAAUUCAAGGCUGCGCGGCUGCACCGCUGGUCGACGGCUGGACUGGGAUACCUGCGGGGCUCCCUGUGCCGGAGGGCCUCCUUCCUGUCAGAGGCCGAGUGCCGUCGCCUGGCUGAGGUGCCGCAGACAGAGGUGGCAGUGUACGCGGCGGAACCCCGGGCUGGUGAGAAGCUGCUGACCGUCCUGCCAGACUCCGGCCUUAGCCUGGGGACAGCCCACGAUGCUGUCCUCACCCUGGACCCCAGCCCUGAGCUCAGCUUCGGACACCCCCUCACUGUCUUCUUCGUCGACUUCAGCGUGAAUGAGCGGCGUUGUGGGGCACGCGAUGGACUUUACUUAGGUAACCACGAGUGCAUGACGCUAGCCCUGAAGAGCCGCUGUGAGAACUUGCUGAAGAGAAGGAGUGGCCGCGCUGAGCGGCAGAAUACCACGGAGCGAGCGAGGAGGAGGCUGAGGGGCCGAGUGGCCGGCAGUCGCCGGAAGAGAGAGGCAGGCAGCUCUGGGCCCCGGUCCCGCAGGGAAGAGCGCCUUGAGGGUCUGUGUGAAAUACAUUUUGUGCCAUUGGUGGUGGGACAGAAGGACGAAAACAAAGAGCAGAGACUCCGCUGUGUAGAACAGAAGGGCUUCGCACCUUGCCCCCGGCCUCUGGUGAUCAGCAGCCCCAACCCCGCCACUGCUGACUGUGAGCUGAACAAAAACACUCGGCGUUGUCACCGGCAACAGCUGCGGUCUCAGAAAUCCUGCCGCAUGUACCAGACAUGCGACCACGGGGUACUCUUCUCAGGAGGGUGGAAGGAACACCUCACGUACCAGAGGCACGUUGAUAACGUGAUCCACUUCUAUCGAAUGCUACGCAGAAAUGGCUUCCGAUCAGAGAACAUCAAGACCUUCUUUGCAGGAGAUGGACAGCUCCCAGUGGGUGAAGAGACCGAGGGCAUCUACCCGGCCACAGAGAAGGUGAUGAUCAGGAGCCACAUCGCUUACAUCUGCCGCGCUGUCAGUUGCGCUGACUCUCUGGUCCUCUAUCUCAACAGCCCUACGAGGAAUGAUGGCACCAUGCUGCUCUGGGACGUCAACAACAAUGGGAUAGCUGACCAGAAGGAGCGUUAUACUGUGGGAGAGCUGCUGACUGACCUGGAAGGGUGCAAGGCGCACAGAGUGUUCAUGUUCAUUGACCAAAGCUACUCGGGGACACUGAUGAAGAAACUCUUGGCGUCCACCAAACAUCCAAACGUUGUCCUGAUCAGCAAUAGCAGGGCUUCAGAGUUCACCUGGGCUUCCAGCUUUACCGAAUUCUGGACAGAACUUCAACCAGAUCAGUGCCUCAGUGAUUACAUUGUGAAGAAUGUCGCCCGGACUGCCUCUUCAACCCUUGGGAUAGUUGAGGCCACUCCUGGCCUCAUGAACAGCACCAUCUAUGGAGGGCCUUGCUACAACAACCCACCGCUGACACCAGAAGAGGUGAAGCGUGAAUACAUGGGUUGCCAAAACCUGCCAACUGCGGUGUGGUACCAGACCAUCCAGAGGAAAGAUCUCCCACACUAACUGCUCCAUUUUGCUCCCUCACACACUGUACUGUUCAGAGCACAGAGUUAAGCCCUUGAGCAAGGUUUUAACACCAUGAAUAUUUUAAAUAUUCCUUUCUGGGAAGUGAUUGUAUUAGAAGAUUCUGUUUACUUUCAAUGUAUUGACCAGCACAGAUCUUGCUGUAAUGAACAACGGUUGCUUGGUUUCUUCUUCAUCCCCGAGCUCCUUCACUCCAACUCAGGAUGUGGUACUUCAGAUUCCAGUUCAGAUUCAGAUUCGUUUGUCACCUGUACAUUGAAACAUACAGUGAAAUGCAUCACAACCUAAGGGUGUGUUGGGACCAGCUCGUAAGCGUCACCAUGCUUUCUGGCACCAAAAUAGCAGGCCCACAAUGUUCAUCAGAACAAUGCACACAAAAACGACGACACAACAGCAGCAAAAUGAGCCUCUUUCUUCCCUGGACAAUAGCCUGUCAUACCCCUCGCUCCAUGUACUUGUUCAAACUUCUCUUAGAUGUUGCAUUUGAAUCCCAAUCCACUACUUUCACACACACUCACACCACCCUCUGAGUGAAGAUCACCCUCAGGUUUCCUUUAAAUAUUUCACCUUUGACUCUAACUAUGACCUCUAGUUCUAGUCCUAGUCAACCUCAGUGGGAAAAGAGUGCUUGCAUUUAUGCUAUCUAUACCAUUCAUAAUUGUGUCAAAUCUCUCCUCAUUCUCCUACACUUCUUUCCCUAUCUCUCCCAACCUUUCCCUAUGACUCAGGUCCUCAAGUCCUGGCAAGAUUCAAGUGUCUUUUCCAUGUGUACAUGGAAACAUACAUUGAAAUGUGCCAUUUGCGAUAACAACCAACACAACCUGAGGGUGUGAUGAGGCAGCCUGCCAUUUUCACCACACAUUACGGCACCAACUUAGCAUGUCCACAAUGCGCGGCAGAACUGUUCACCUCCUGAAAACGAAGAGCACAGUGUGAGUUAGGAGCUGUAAAUAAUUGUAGGAAUGUGGUCUCUGGAGGGGAAUCCUCUGUUCACAGUGCAGUGUGGCUACCCUAUUUAUGCUAACUCUAGGUGUUAUUCGUUUGAUUGUAAGUGACUGUAUAUAUUUAUAAUAAAGUAACUUUUGUAUGAAAAUAACA